AUCGUAUUCGUGAUGGAACAAGCGCAACGCGAAGAAAUUGAUGCCAAAAUACCACAUUUGGAUGUGGUAAAGGCUUGGGAAAAAGCGAAAUUUCUGAAACAAGACUUAGAUAAGGGUGACGGUUGGGCACAAAGGUAUCAAAUUGUGAAUGAAUAUAAUUCCUGGACCAAAACAUUUCCAAAUGAGGAGGUGCGUGUUAAAUUGCUCUAUCGCUUCGAGAAUAUGCCGAUGUCUGCCGAGAAAUUUAUAGAAAUGAUGUCUGCGGAGAAGUUGGAUUUACGCGAGAAAUGGGAUAACACCACAGGUGCGUAAUAGCGGGAGUAAUACUGCCUGUAUAUAGGCUUGUAUAGGGAUCACACCACUGAUCUGAAAUGAUCACACCUGCAGUGUUUGUUGGAUUAGGGCCUUAUUUCAGAUCAGUGGAUUCGGAGGGUAACGACGCCGAACAUAUAGUCUGUUGAGAUCUCCGGAAAUGCAAUCGAAUAUACUUGUUGUGCCGGUUAGAAACAUUUAUAUUAGUUCAAAUUUGUGCGGAUUUCUCUUGCUCUCAAUAGGGUUUUAUUUGGGUAAGAAUCUAAAAGCAAGGGGAAGGAAUUUGUAUUUGAUAUCUCCACAUUUACUCACCUUGGCCAAACAUUCUGUUAUUUCAUUUCGAGAAAAAGCUUGAGCUAGCUUGAAUAUCUUCUAAACAUUUGUGUGAGUAAGUAAAUGUGAGUAAAAUACUCCUUGACAAUUUGUAUAGAUUUUAUUCCUUUUCAAUAUCUCGAGAUCUUGUUUGUCUUAACCCACCGGGCACACGACGUUGUUUCAACGUUGAAAUUUGGUAGAAAAAAGGUUGCGACGUCGACAACGUAAUAUCUACGUUGCUCUGACGUUGGUCAGUUUAAAAACAUUGGUUCAACAGCAGCCAACAGACGUUGAAUCAACGUUCAUUCAUGGUUAAAUGUACGGCGUCGAUUUGUGAAGUAAUCUCAACGUUGUUUCAACGUUGUUUCAACGUUGAAUUAUGGUUGACGAGAUUGGCAACCUAAUUUCAACGUUGUUUCAACGUCGAAACAGUAACGUCGAUCCAAUUUGCAUAGUCAACCCUUUUUCAACGUCUAUAUAUCCAACGUCUGGAAGGUCAUUUCCAACGUUGAUUCAACGUUGAAUAAACGUCAUUUUGCCCGCUGGGUUGUUUAACUGCGAUAACUGCGUCAUUUGUUGGGCUUUAUGGGUUCAUUUUUAAAUUGGAUUUUCCGUUUUGAAAAUUUGAAAUCAGUAAUUAUAGUCACCCGUUGAAAUGAUUGCAGAGCGUCAAUGGUAUUUGGUGAGAAGUUUGUGUAAAUCAGCACGAUUUUGCAUAUAAUUGUAUCAGAUAUGCAAAGAAAGACACAUAGCACGCUUUGUUUGCAAGGCAUAUUUAUGUACUAUUUUAAAAAAACUCAUUAAUAAUUCAGGAGGAAAACACAAAGAAAAAUCAUAAGCGUGUCGUAUCUUUAUAUGUGAUAAAAAAUCAUGUUAAUUUAUUUUGUUAGUUCAUUUUAAAAAUUACUUCGCUAAUGUACUCAUCAGAAGAUGGGUCGUUUUUAAGCCAUUUAAAGCACUUGUACUGGUCGUGUUUUAUCAGAUAUAAAACGCUCGGCUGCGCCUCGCGUUUUAUAUCUGAUAAAACACUCCUACAUGUGCUUUAAAUAGUAUACAUAGUUUCGUACCACAUAAAUAACGUAGCUAUAACAACAAAGCUUGCUACGUUAUUGUGUCUUUCCUUAUUAUGCUCUGGUUAUCCAUUGAGCACUUUAUCAUUGGUUUUUAUAACGGCCCAAUUGCCAGCACUACUUCGCUUCUUGUGAACAAUUUCAGCCAGUGGAAACUGACCGCUUUAAAUUACAUGACGCUAUUCAGAAUUGUCAGAGAUUAACUUGUAAUUUUUAUAUUAUAAUUUCAGCUUUGGAAAUAUUGGAGAAGCUGCCAAAUGGUGGAUGUAUUGCACGUUCAGUUUUGAAUUUAUCCUUUCCGUUGAGUGACCGCGACUACGUACUAUAUUUUUCACCUCCGUACGAAACCAGCGACUGGUUUGGCAAAAAAGCUUUCGCUAUUUUCUUUCUGGAUGCCACGCAUCCAUCUAGGCCAGCGGGGGCUGACGGUAUUGUUCGCGCAACGAAUGGUGGGAAUUUUUACAUCGCCGUGCAAAACGAAGAAGAGCCUGGGCACAAGUGUGAAACGUUGAUGUUAUCAACCAAUAAUUACAAUGGAUGGCUUCCGAAGAGUAAUGAAUGGUUGGUUGCUAAAAAAGCUCCCAAAGUUUUCUACCAUUUACGACAGUGCGUUAUUGAAGGAUACAAAGAAUACUUUAACAAUUAAGUAAUUUCCUUAAUAUGGGGAGGUUUGAAUAGGAUUAACAAAGCCGAGCCGUGAACGAGGCUGUAGGAUUAGGCUUUAGUGACAAGAUAUCCUCGGAUAGCAGUGACAACGAUGGAACCAUUAGAAAAGUAUGUUACUAUAAGUUAACGGCAGACUUCCACUUUUGGUUGUUUAUAUUCGGUGUGCACUUAUGGCCUCGUUUUCAUGUUUAAUUAAUAGAGAG